ACGCAACUAUUCCUGGAUACAUAUGGCUGCAGAGCUUCUAUGCUCCUUUUGGGCGCCAUUUUUCUUCAUAUGAUCGUGUGCGGCGCCCUCUUCCGGUUCCCGUCAAGCAAUGAUACUGCUCUGAAUUCUUACUACUCUGUCUUACCAACUGAUCGUGUUGAGGAGGAACAUGAAGACCCAUUAAAUACCUUCAGAGAAAGGAAUGAGCCUCAGAGAAAGUCAGCUUUCAGAGCCCUCUGCCAACAUCUCAACACGGAGCUCAUCUUCAAUCGGUCGUACUGGUGCGUAGCAGUCAUAAGCAUUGUGCAUCAUGUUGCUUGCUUAGGCUGGUCGGUGUACUUCAUUCCUCACACUCAGACCAAGGGUUUCACACCGCAGGAAUCAGUCAUCCUGACAUCGAUCAUGGGAGUGACAAGGAUUAUCACUGCCUUCACUCUCGGACCUCUGAUGGACAAAAUUCAAAUAGUCAGCACAAAAGGAUUCAUGGGAAUUACUCUGACGUCACUCAUCGUGUAUUACCUUAUCGACCCAUGGCUUACAUCCUUCUGGUUGAAUGCGAUUAAUGUCGCCAUCUACGGCUGUUCAACGUUCUUGAUUUGGCUUUUGGUGGAUGUCUUGAUGUGUGACGUAGUCCCAGCUGAUUCCUUGGGCAGUGCUUUCGGCUGGAUAGGAAUGAAAGCUGCUGUUUUCUCUUUCCUACUUCUGUAUUUACCAGGUUUGAACUUUGACCUCGGAGGAAGCUACACCUUAGCAUUCCUGCUGUUGGGAGGUCUGUACUUCUUUGCUUUAGUUGCUUUUGGGAUGCUGGUUCACAUUCAAAGUCAAAAGUGAGAUUCCGAAGCUUGC